AUGCAAAUACGAGAAGCAGUUGUCCUUCUCAAUAUAUUCUAUUGUAUAGCAUCAGAAUGUAUAGACGGUGUCGACAAUAUAUUGUCUGCAGAUUCAUACGGCAACAAAAAUUUACCUGUGAAAGUUCGUAAUGUAAAAAUACUCGUCUACGACAUUGAUGGACAGCCAUCCUGUCACAAGAACAAAGUCAACGUGGUUUUACCCGGUUAUUUUCAUAUCAUCUCAGGUGAAGUUGAGGUGCCCAAGAACUAUGAUCUCUUCGCUUCCAAUGUCGUUCGCGCCACAGUGAAAUUUGGCAGCACGGACAUCUGUGACAAUGGUAAAAGUGGCAUGCUCAUUGUGCCAGCCAGAUUUUGCCACUUCGACAUUGCGACGGUGAUCCCUGAAAAUAUCUGUCAUUUAUUGCAAAAGAAGGGCCUUCACACAUUGAAAGAACUUGAAGAGAAGCUGAAAUUCAACUCCACUUUCCAACUGCCCCCGUCUCCAUCAUUUCUUGGAAUAACUUUACUGGAUUUACUGAAGGGUGAAUAUCGAAUCAAAGUUGCAUUGGAUGUGGACGAUGAGAAGAUCAUGGAAUUUGCAAUGCCGUCGGGUUUCAAAGCAAUCAAGAUUGGCUUGGAUGACGAUGACGAGUAGCUGUUUUCCUCUGUAUAAAUGAAAGACUAGUUAUCCGUAUGUAAAGCUUUGUGCACAAUGAACUAUUGCUGG